AUGGCUGAAAGAGCAGCAAAUGAGGCUAAUGAGGUCAAUACAGCCCUUAAAGUGACAGCUUUCAAUGGCCAACUGGACGUUCAGUACCUCGUUGGGCAAAGAGCAAAGGUUGAGGAAGCACUUAAAAAAGGAUCAAUAACACAAACGGGGACGGUACAGUCAAGAAGCAAGGUCUCCAGUGAUAAGGAAGAGAACAAAGCCAGAACAUCCCCUGCUAUUGCAGACAAGAAACCUAAGACUAAAAGUACACCAGCGAAGAAGCCGCCACAGGAAGGCAUCAAGACCAGGGAGACGAAACCGGCAUCAGGAAAGAAGGUGCCCCAGGAUAUUCCUAAACCAGCACUUCAAAAAGGAUCAAUAGCACCCUCGGGGACUGCACAGUCAAGAAGCAAGGUCUCCAGUGAUAAGGAAGAGAACAAAGCCGGAACAUUCCCUGCUAUUGCAGACAAGAAACCAGCUAAAAAGAGGAAAGCAACAAAAGAAAAGGACGCACCAAAUCAUAAAAAACGUAUUCUGUUUGGCGUCUUCGAAGACACCAUUAAAUACUGUUACACGCAGGGAACUGUCUUAAUAGUUCGUUGA